AUGGCGUACCAAAGGGUUGUCUCCCUGCAGGGAGACCUUGCGCCGGCCAGGUUCGGGCACACCACCACCGCGGUUGGCGGCGGGAAGGUGAUCCUUUUCGGCGGUGCUGUCGGAGGUAAGGCUUCGGUCCGCGGUUUUGACGGUGCGUCAGAUGUCGGAAGAUACACAAUCACCGCGGAUCUCUACCUAUUCGACCUAGUAAACAAUGUAUCCACUAAGCUGGAGUCGGAGAACACGCCGUCGCCGCGUGCCGCUCACGCCGCCGCCUGCGUCGAGUCGAUGCAGGUGGUGGUAUUCGGCGGCGCCACUGGCGGCGGAUCGCUCUCGUCUGACGAGCUGUACCUGCUUGAUCUGCGGAGGGAGAAGCACCUCUCCUGGAUAACGGUGCCCACCACUGGGCGGUCACCCGGCAGGCGCUACGGUCACACGAUGGUGUUCUGCAAGCCCAACCUCAUCGUCAUCGGCGGCAACGACGGGCAGCAGGCUAGCAACGACGUGUGGUUUCUCAACGUGGAGAAGUCGCCCUUCUGCUGGGUGGAGGUGGUCUUCCCGCCGACGCUGAAACAGCCGCCGAAGAGGGUCUACCACUCCGCGGACCUCUGCAGAGAGGGCCCGGCGGCCACCAUGAUCGUCAUCUUUGGCGGAAGGUCGAGCGACAACAGGUCGCUGAACGACAUCUGGGGGCUGAGGCAGCACCGCGAUUCCACCUGGGACUGGAUGGAGGCGCCGGUCAGGUUCGUGUCGGUGCCGGAGCCGCGUUACCAACAUUCAUCGUGCUUCAUUGGCACCAAGCUGGUCAUUAUCGGCGGCCGCAACGAUAACGACUUCAACAAGUAUGUUUCACGUGCCACCUGCCUGUCACUGGCGACACAGACCGCUGUCAAUCUCGGCCUACGACACGGAGACGCUCGAGUGGUUCAACAUCUCUGCCAUUCACAGGGUAAGGAGGAGGAGCAACCCGAUAAUGCGCGUCAGUUCCGGCACUCGUCGUGGAGCUUCGGCGGACAAAUAUACGUGUUCGGAGGUUUUUCGCAUCAGACGCAGAAGCACCCGACGUGCGAACUGAGGGCUGUGGACUGCCAGGAGGCAUUUACAGACUUCGUGAAGGCCUCGAAGGACCCGACUGGGAUGGCGCGGCUGGGCGCCACCGGGCUGGUGAUGGGGGUGCCCAAGGCGCCGCUGCCGCAGGUGGUUCCCCCAGUGAAGCCGUGCGAACGCGAGAUAAGGCUAUCGUCGCACGCGCACGCCGUGCACGAGAACGUGUCUGACUUCUCGUACCUGGUGCGGAAGAUUUCCAUAGACAAGCUCGAGGAGGAGGGCCGGAAGAUCAACAAGCCCGAGGCGCGCGCCCAGCUGCGGUGGCAGCACGACGACGGCGACACCGUGUACGACCGCGUCAUCCGUGCGCUGCUGAACCCGAACUUCAGCAACGAGCACGUCACCAUGUCUUACAACGAGACGAUGUUCCCCGUGCCGUACGACGACGUACUGGCACUUUGUCAGAUGGUGUAUCAAAUUGUGAAGCAGGAGGACACAGUGCUGAAACUGCGGGCGCCUAUAAAAGUUUAUGGCGACAUCCACGGGCAGUACUACGACCUCAUGCGUCUGUUUAGGCUCUACAAGUGCCCACUCGAGGAGUCGCUGGCCGAGUCCAUCGGCGCCGUUGGCGACAUCGACUCCAACGACUACCUGUUUUUAGGCGAUUACGUGGACCGCGGGUCUAACAACCUGGAGGUCAUCUGCCUGCUGUUCGCGCUGAAAUGCAAGUACCCGACGCAGAUCCACCUGCUGCGCGGCAACCACGAGGACCCCGGUAUCAACGCGAUCUACGGGUUCCAGGACGAGUGCCGUCGCCGUCUGCGCGAGGAUUGCGAGAGCCCGUACAGCUUCUGGAACAGCGUGAACAAAAUCUUCGAGAUGUUGCCUCUGGGCGCGCUCAUCGAAAAGAAGAUUCUGUGCGUCCACGGAGGGAUCGGCAAGACGAUCCACCAUGUUUCGGACAUCGAAGAGAUCGUCCGGCCCAUCACCGUAGCGCCCGUGCCCAAGAACGAGCAGGACCAGAAGAUCCUGGACAUUUUGUGGUCGGACCCGACCGACAGCGACUCCGUGCUCGGCACGAUCCCGAACGAAGUGCGCGACCCCGACAAGGUGGGCCACAUCGUGAAGUUCGGGCCGGACCGCGUGCACAAGUUCCUGACGACGAACGAGCUGCAGCUGAUCAUUCGCGCACACGAGUGCGUGAUGGACGGUUUCGAGCGGUUCGCUGGCGGCAGGCUGAUCACUCUCUUCUCAGCCACCAACUACUGCAACCACUACAAGAACGCAGGGGCGCUACUGUUCAUUCGUCGCGACCUGACCAUCGUGCCGAAGCUCAUCUACCCGUCUAACGCCGAGACCAAGAACGCGGAGACAUGGGAUAUGCACAUGACCGAGCUACGACCCCCGACGCCGCCGCGCAGCGCGCCGAGGAUGCACGAAGUCAACUACGGCGCGCCGUAA